AUGUGCUUCAUCUUCACCUGCGGCGAGCACACCUUCCGUAAGGAAGUUGAAGGAUACGAAGGAAUCACCUGUCAAUGCCACAACUGCGGAAAUUACGCCGCCAGCGUCCAAAAGACGAAUCCUUGGUUCACCUUCUGCUUCAUUCCCGUCAUACCUCUUUCCAUCAAAGGCUACACAGAUAUCACCUGCCGCGUUUGCAACUUUGCACAACCACUUGAGCACCGACCCGAUGUACAACAGAUGAAAGGAGGGGGAGGAGGAGGAGGCGGCGCUGGAUAUCCCAUGCAGCCACAGUAUGGGCCACCACCUGGCUGGGGUGGCCCACCCCCGGGGCAACAACCGAUGAGAUAUGGAUAA